UCUGUAUAAAAACAAACAAUGACAAUUUUAAUUCCCAGCUUUUGCGAAGUCACAAUAAGUAGUUAUAAUGUUGUCCAUACCAGAAAUUGCUACAGAGAUGGUCGAAAAUACCUUAAAGGAAUCAAAGGAUAAUAAUUCUCGUACGUUAUUUGUUGUUGGCAGUAAAGGAUCUGGUAAAUCUUCUUUACUGUAUUCUUUUCUUGAUAAGAAUGAUACACCUCGUGAAACGUUGGUGCUGGAAUACUCAUUUGGCCGAAAAUCAAAUCGAAAGCAAGGAAUUGAAAAGACGGUGUGCCAUAUUUGGGAGUACGGUGGUAAAUUGAAUUUACUGAAAAACGUGCUGAUUUCAAUACCGAUACAAAGCGGCUAUAUUUUUUGCAUAAUGAUCGAUUUGAGCAAAAUUAAAUCUAUCUGGAGCACAUUAGAGCUUUGUUUGCAAACAUAUUCUGAUAUGGAAAAGACAUCCGAAAUUAUCAUAAUUGGUGGCAAAUAUGAUAUUUUCAAAAGUUAUGAUAACGAAAUCAAGAAACUGAUAUGUACAACCAUUAGGAGUAUAGCUCUCAUUUAUAAUGCCCAUGUGCUGUUUUACUCUUCAAAGGAUACAUAUCUGGUUAAAAAAACUAAAGAGAUUUUACACAACAUGGCGUUUGGCUCUUCUUCAUUUAAAGAGAAAAAUACAAAUUAUAUUAAACCACUGAUGAUAGCAAACGGUGCUGACUCGUGGGAAAGUAUAGGUAUUCCUAAAUCCACGAUGGAGCAGGUUAAAAUGCGGCAUUUGUCUCGAAUACCAUUGCAACAGGAAGUUGAAGAGGUGAAACUGGAGCCAGGAUUGAAGUUGCCCCGAAGUCAUCCUGAACCAGCCCUGGAUGCUAAGAUAGCCUCAAAAUAUGAAGAGUUAAGACACUACUCUUCUGUAGAUAUUUCUAUUGGGGAUUAUUUGGCUGGAAUUAAAUUGUAAUGUUUUGAAAAGUGUAAUAAAUUUGUGAAGUCUUUAUUAUUUCUCAUAUAAAAUUUGGAAGUGCCUACAAUUUUCUAUU